AUGGGCUUCAUUGUCGCUCGCUCCGUCGUGGGCUCCAUCCGCCUUGCCUCCAAGGCCCCUGUCGUUCGCUCGACUUUGAUCAAGCCUGCUGUCUAUCGCACGCCGGUGCAGUCGCGCGUCUUUUCCGUCGCCACCCCUCGUCUCACGAAGAAGAGCGAGGUCAUCAAGGAGACCGAAGUCCCUGUGUCCAUUUACAGCCCUGAUAGCAAAGGCACCGCCUCGAGCCCCGACCAUUUCAGCAUCCCCGUCAAGCCGGCUGCUCAACCCUCCGCUGCGCUCAAUGAAGAUGUUGAGAACGAGGACGUCGUUCCCCUCGAUCCCAAGGUCUACAAGGCCAUGUCCCCCACCAUGCAGAAGAUGUCCGUCAUGGGCAAGGUCAUCAUCAUUACUGGUGGUGCCCGUGGCCUCGGCAACCACAUGGCGAGAGCCUGUGCUGAGGCUGGUGCCAAGGCUGUCGUGAUCUUUGACGCCAACCAGGAACUGGGCGACGAAGCCGCCGAGGAGCUACACCGCAAGUCUGGUAUCGACGUCUCGUUCUUCAAGGUCGAUGUUCGUGACGGCAGCGCUAUUAACGCCGCUGUUGAUCAAGUUGUCAACCUCUACGGCGCUCCCGACGUUCUUGUCAACUCUGCCGGUAUCGCCGAUUCAAACAUCAAGGCCGAGACAUACGACCCUGCCAUGUUCCGUCGCCUGAUUGACAUCAACCUCACUGGUUCGUUCCUCAUGGCCCAGUCCGUUGGCCGCGUCAUGAUGGCCGCUGGCAAGCCCGGUUCCAUCGUUCUGGUUGCCUCCAUGUCCGGCAGCAUCGUCAACUACCCCCAGGAGCAGUCUUGCUACAACGCGUCCAAGGCUGGUGUCAUCCAGCUCGGCAAGUCUCUGGCUGCCGAGUGGGCCAAGUACUCCAUCCGCGUCAACUGCAUCUCCCCCGGCUACAUGGACACUGCCCUCAACAAAGUCCCUGCCCUCGAUGCCCAGAAGAAGAUCUGGCGUAGCUUGACUCCCCAGGAUCGCCUCGGCGCUGUUGAUGACCUCAACGGCCUCUGUGUCUUCCUAGCCUCGGACGCCAGUUCGUUCAUGACUGGCUCCAACGUCCUGAUUGACGGUGGCUACACUCUCUACUAG